UAUGGCUUUGAUAUACUUAGUCAUUGAUAUGCUACUGUUUGCAGUUGUUUUGUUUGUUUUGCGCUGUGAAGUUGCCGCUUUUUGUGAUUUAUUUAUUAUAAUGAGUGCUAGAUCUCGAUAUAUUGCUAAAUUGGCAUUACAAAAAUCAAAAACUCUUGUUCAUAUUGAUGCUGAAGGCCCGCUGUAUGAGGAAUUAAUAAGCCAAACUAACGAAAUAUCAAAUGUUGCUAAUAUUUUGGGUCAUUUAAAAACCGUUAUCAAUCCCACCAUAGCAUCAGAGGAUGCCCCUGUAAAUAAAAACACCUCAGCUUCUUCCCCAGCAGUAUCUGAAGUUAUAAAAUGUGAUCUUGUGGCAGAAAAGACAAAAGGGCUUUGCAACACUUUCGCUGACACUAAUUUAUCAUCGACGUCAGACACCCAACGUAUUCUUCGCCCUAAAAAUCUGAAUGCGAACCUUUAUGAAGAUCCGCACUCUCCUAUGGAAGUGGUAGAAUUUGAAGAAGGUAGUUCAGACGAGUAUAAUUCUACUGACGAUGAAGACAAUCAUAAUGGUGAGCACAACAAUAUAUCUACUACAACUAAACAAAAGAGCAGGUGGAAAAAUCAUACUCUGAUCAGUGGAAAAAAGCCAUAAAUAAAAAGAAAAGAUCUUUGGGGGAACCUUACAAAACCAAUAAAAAAAUGAGAAGUGCAAAAAUUUCCAAACAUGCCGAUUGCGAGCUCUGCAAGUUUAAAUGUACACAACACUUUAGUUUGGACGAUAGAAGAAAAUUAUGUGCUACCUGCUGGCAAUUAAAUUAUGAUAGACAAAAAGAUUACAUAUUGGCCCGUGUAAAAUCAGUUAAAACCAAGUGUAGGAAGCCUUGCACUGAAACCAGACCAGCAAAGCAAGCAAGCAGAUCAUAUUUUUUUUUAAAUAGGCUCACGAAAUACGUGUUUCCAAAAAGUUUCUUUUAAACACUCUAAGCACGAUUGAAUUGUUGACCAUGCCUUUGCUAGAGUAAAUGAGCAUGGCUUAUUUAAAUUACCAGAUCAACGUGGUUGUAAGGCACCAAGUAAUAAAACUUCCCAGGAGCUAGAAGAAAAAGUUAAGAGCCACCUUGAAAGUUUCCCUACCCUUGAAUCCCAUUAUUGCAGAAAAUCUAAUAAGGUACGAGCCUCUAAUGAUAAGCAUUUUACUAGCAUCACCUUUGAUUUACAAAGCGUUUUGCAAAUUCCUUUCUCCGAUAUAUACCAGUUUUAUUACAGUAUGAAAUUAUGUGCUUUUAACUUAACUGUCUAUGAAGCAGCGACACCAAAGAAUGCAUAUUGCUACGCGUGGACGGAGACUAACGGUCAACGAGGGAGUUCCGAAAUCGGAACUGCAUUAUUUGAGUGGGUAAGAACAAUUCCAAGAGACGUAACAGAGAUCAGCAUGUAUUCAGAUACUUGCAGCGAUCAAAACCGCAAUCAGUACAUAGCCACUUUAUUUUUGUACUUACUAUAAAUUACGCAUUUACUGACCAUAAAACAUAA